AUGGAGCCCACCAGGAGCAUCGUGGGGCCCGUGGGCCCCCCCGGACCCGUGGGACCCGUGGGUGAGUCCCCCGGGCCCCACCGGGCCCCCCGGACCCCCCGGACCCCCCGGACCCGACGGAAGAGCCGGAGCGCCCGGAGCUGCGGGUCCCCCCGGAGAGAAGGGGGACAGGGGUCCCCAGGGCCACCCGGGCAGCCGCGGGCAGGACGGGGCGCAGGGCGAGCCGGGCCCCCGGGGCGAGCCGGGCCACAGGGACACUUGGGGGGGGGGUUGGGCCCCCCCCCGGGGGGGGCUGAAGAUUUUAGCGGAGAGGGUUUUAAUCUUGGAAACCAAGAUUGGGCUUUACCGCCAGUAGCUUCCAAACCCUCCUGCGGCAGCAGGCCCGGCUGGAGGUCCUGGCUAGAAGGGUCACCUUGCUGGAAGCCAUCAUCUGGCCAGGUAACCACCCCCCGCCCCGCCCCUGCACCGGCCGGAGCGCCCGCGGCACCCCCGGGAGCGGGCACGGAGCACGAGGGGCUGGAGCCCCCGGGAGAGGGGCAGGGAGAGCUCCGGGAUCAGGGGAGAGCGUGGAGACCCUCCCGGGGUGAGAACCAUGGAGAUCCUCUUAGAUUGGGAAAGGCAACCGUGGAAAUUCUCUUGGAUUGAG